UCGGCCAGGCACGCAAGUCGCUUCAGGAACAGCAGCAGCAGCAGCAGUCGCAGUAGCAGAGCAGCAGUCGCAGCAGCAACAGUCAAAGCCAAACUACAAGUCGUGUCGUGUGACAAGCUUCAGCAGCAGCUUAACCGUUACUUUUGGUUCGUGUUUCGGAAGAGUCGCUUGAAAUUCGAAGAGAUUGCUUAAAGUCGUGCGUCGCUUUUUUUUUUUAUCGCUUCUGUGCCUUUUUAUGUUGCAAAUUUUAAUCUAAUUUCUUUCGCAUUUUCCUUUGUGUGCACUAUUCGCGCGUCUUUCUUCUUCUUCAGUUCUUUGACCAAUUAAGCUUGUAACGCGCGCUAACGUCCAUAAGAUUGAGAAGAAGAGCUUAAACCCAAAAACACAAUAAGCUGAUACAGGACAUCGUCUAUUUGCGAGGGUUUCGCGCAAAUAAAGCGUAAAUAUAUCUAAAUCAAUUAAACGGAAAAUAGACGCACCGAAGCUAAGAUCUUCGGUCUCCUGUUGAGGCAGACGGUUUCCACUUAAACGUCCGGAUGAGUAACAGCGCUAUGGUGGCCGUGGCCAUUUGCUGCAUCUUGGUGCUCCUGGCGGUAUUCAUUGUCAUCAUCAUAGUGGUGGGGCAGCAGUUCGAGGAGCCCAAAUGAGACAUGCUCCAGCUGGGACCUGGCAACUUCCCAGAUGGAUAACACAGAUCGACAAACUGUUAAUUGCCAA